AGCAGCAGCAGCAGCAGCAGCAGAAGAAGAAGCCAGACUUGUUUUGGAUCCUUCGGCUCGCCGUAGCGGUCAGCUUGCAUGUGGUGAAGGCUGGGUUAGAGGAAUCUGCUGCAUCAUGGGAAACACCAGCGAUCCAGUGUCUGCAGAUAGACCCGGAGCGAAGCUGCAGCGGUCCGACAGCGGAGCCCCCCGGGACCGGGACCUGGAGCCCAGCACCGACGGCCCCAAUAUAUUCAACACACACGGGCCAGAGUCUAAAGCCGCGGGUGAGAAGGACUUGGCUCCGGAUCUAGAGGACAUGAAGACGGGUCGGCAGGCUCGACCCACAGUGAUCCGCUGGGCCGGAGGAGGCAAGGAGGUCUGCAUCACCGGCUCCUUCAACAACUGGAGCAGCAAGAUCCCCAUGAAUAAAAGCCAUAAUGAUUUUGUAGCAAUCUUG